AUGACACUUAAAUAUCCAAAUCUCACAAAGAAGUUUAUGCUCGAAUGCGAUGCGUCUAACAAGGGUAUUGGCGCAGUUUUAUAUCAAGAAUUUGGGAUUAUAGGCCAUUUUAAUAAAAAACUAAACCCAACAGAAAUGAAUUACUCGAUAGUUGAGAAAGAAAUUUUUGCUAUAGUCAGAGCUUUAAUACAUUUUGCAGAGUUAAUUCGGGGAUAUUAUGUUAAAAUCUAUACGGACAGUCGAAACUGCACAUUUCUAAAUGGUACAUUAUCCAAUAGGAUGAAUAGAUGA